GCUCCAUGUACCCCUUUCUCCCGCCUUUCUUCUUCCCCUACCCACCGCUGUCAUCCACAUAUCACGAGCAAUCAAACAAUCAAAUACUAAUCCACCCCUCAACAAAAUAAAAGGGGUUCGAGUGAAGUCGACAACCGGCUUUCUUUGUUUUGUGUUUUUUUUAAAAUUUGAUACGAGACAAAAAAGGGCGACCUCACGAAUCAUGAACGAAACAAAUUCCUUGAUUCUCCCCCAAGUGACAUGUUGAUGGAUGUUGUGGUCCAUGUUGAAAUGAUGCCAAAUCCCCCUCCUGUCCGCCCUGUCAAUGCAUUGCAUGCCCCCCGUAAACUUUCCGAGAGCCCAAAACCUCCGUAUGGCCCCGCCCCACGUACUCGCGCCUCUCUCUCUCUUCCAUUUGAAACAGAAGGCUAUAAUACUGCUAGAUUUAGGCACAAACCACAGCAAACCAAAACACGAAAUAAAUUCUGGUUUUUUUUCGCGAGAGAAGAAGCUAUAUGCAUGCUUGGGUAGCGAGCGGGCCGAACAAAUCAAUCCAUCGCCCCGCUAAGUCCCGUCGCCCGGCACCCGUUCUCGCGCGCGCGCCAUGCUCCCCCCGGCCCGAUCACCAAGGAAGGCAUGGCGAAGGAAGGCUGCAGAAAAAAAAGUAACAAAACCAUCUAGAAGAAUACGAUGGAACAUUCUGUAACUCGAACCAAAACCAUCCUUUGGUUUCCUUCAAACGUCACCAUCCAAUUUCGAAUGAGUAGCACAGAGAACAACGGUGAACCAUGAUGGUGUUGCCAUGGUAAUGCAAUGCCUGUCACCCAAUCUAUCUCGUGUCGUCCCAUCAUCCCUCUCUGUCGUCAUCUGCCUCUCUUUAUUCCUCAAUUGAACGCUCUGGCAAGGUUUAUUGUUUCAUUUUGAUUCUUGAAUUUUGUUUGUUUGGUG